AUGUCUCGGAGAAACUACCGCAACCCACUGACGCCGCCCUACCGCGCACCCGAGCGGCCCGGCCAUCCACCACCGAGCACCUUCUUCACGCUACAGAAACACCACCUGGCCGCCACGCGGGGACCAGUCUGGUACCGCGGGGUGAAAGAGCAGCAGUACUACGGCAACGCGCUCACGAAGUGGCAGUGUCAGGUGAACCCGUCGAAGCUGGUGAACAGCCCGCUGUGGCGGAAGCGCACGAUGAUGACGCUGGAAACCCCUGUCAGCGCCGUGGUCGAGGUGACGGAGUGUCGGUGGGAUGCGGUACAGGCGCAGCGCACGAUGCAGAAAAUAGCCGCAGACGUGAGGGUGGAUCGCUGCUUGAUCCGGUUCCAGAAUGCGUUCUCGCGUUACACCGGGGACCAGAUGUGGGUGGUGGCGCUGUUCAACGCGGUAACUGUGGGCUUCUGGCUGCCGUAUGUUGUCCCCCUCCUCCCCUCCCACCACGACGAUGAUGACGACGACGACGAUGGAGGAGCCGACAUUUGGUGA